AUGAACAGCGCUGUGUUUAAUCAUUCGAACUCUAAGUUUACUUGGAAAUAUAACGGCACAGAAAGCAAGGAGACUUGUCCAGAUCAGUGCAGUGGUAAAGAUUGUAGUGAAGGAAUGUCAUGUGAUUGUUUUCCUAAUUGGCCGCAUGUACCAUCUAAUAUCAAAAUGUUAAAAUUAGUUGGCCGUGGAAGAGUAAAUAUCAUUUGUGAUGCUUUUGACAGUUUAAAUCAUUUGAAACUAUUGACACUAACUACCUUUGCUGGUAUGGACACGUGUGAGAAAUAUUUCCAGGCUCAACGUUUUUCACUACAGGGUUUAAUACUAUAUAGUAAUGCCAUUGCAGAGCUUCCAGUUAAUCUGUUUACUAACCUACAACAACUAAUAUAUCUGGAGCUAACUGAUAAUGGCCUGAAACUCUUGCAGGAUGGCAUUUUUGCAGGUUUGGCCAACUUAAAGGUACUAGUAAUAAUAGAAGAUGAAGUUCCAAACAUUGCUGAUCAAUCCUUCUCUGGACUUAAAUCGCUAACUGCUAUCACGUUUGCUAUUUUUCAUAAAGUUCCUUUUGACAAAAAUAUUCCAGGAAUGAUUUCAAUGACAAGUCAAACAGAAGAACCUGAUUAUGUAUGUGUGCCCCCAACGUUGGAGACAUUGGUUACUAAUGCUGGCGAUUUUUUUGUAAAUGACCUCAUUGAUGCAUUAAGAAAUUCACCAGAAAACUCGCUCACAAAAUUGCAGUUUAAAAGACCACUCAAAAAACCUAAUGUUCUUAAAUUACAAAAGAACAAGAUACAACGGCACAAAAAACAAUUUUAUUCCGAGUUUAAUGGAUUAUCUAAUUUGGAAGAUUUAAAUAUUUCUUACUCACCUCUUUACUCGUAUUCUAAAGACAUGUUUAAAGGCAUGAAAAAUCUCCGUGUACUAGGACUCUCGGGUACUGGGGGUACAGGACUAUGUGGGGGUGAUUUAGACGACAGCUUGCUGAGAAACGAUUUGGCAAAGCUCGAAGAACUAGGAGUAAGUGAAUGUAAAAUAAAUUUUAUACCAAACACAUUUUAUUUUCCGAAAAAUCUUAAAAGAUUAUAUUUAAGUAAAAAUCGUUUGACGUUUUUCGAGGCAUCCACCCUGAGACAUUUGAACAUGACAUAUUUAGAUUUGUCAUCUAACCGUUUACCCGGUCUAUCGGAUGAAAUGUGGAAAGAACUAAAGAGAUUAAAAUUUGAUAAUCCAGAGUUUCUGGUAGAUUUAUCAUACAACGACUUUCAAUUUAUCUGCACGUAUGUUCAAAGUCUACAUUUCUUGGUGACUAACACACAAUUGAUUGUCUACAAAUACGGAAUCAAGUUCAAAAAGGAAGACAAUACGUAUUUAAAAUACUCGGAGAUGGUCGCACAACUUCCUAGAUUGACUCAAAACUGUCUGAUCAAAGAAAACUUCAGCUUUGUGUUGACGACAUUUUUCACCCAUCUCCUGUGUUUGCUUGUUCUGGCCGUGUUUUUCCAUUACCGCUGGAAGCUGAGGUACCUCUACUUUAUUGGUCAACGGCGGCUACACAUCGGUGGACGUUUGGUCAACUACAACCCACAGGUUGAUGUCUUCAUCACCUAUGACGAGGGUGAACCAAGAAUCCGACAGAUUGUAAGAAAUAUAAUCCUCCCUUUCCUGAGAGAGAAGAACAUCUCUUACAUUUUAGGAGAAGUGGACUUUCCAGGUGGGGACAUGGUGUCACACAUCAGUGGAGCUAUAACUGGCACAAGAAAAACGUUGGUCUUGUUGUCUGAAGAUCUUUUCUUGGAUCACUACCGAGAGUAUGAGAUGAACCUGGCCAUCAUGCGAGAGUUCAAUGUACGAGAAACUGAAAUAAAAUCUUUGACUCUUUCUGGAAACAAUAUUACAUUGGACCCAACAUUUCGUUACAAAAAGUUUCCUCCAAAGUUGGAGGCACUGGUCACUGAAGGUAGUUUUUUUAUAGACGUUUUCAUUGAAGCCCUGAGAGAUUCACCAGAAAACUCGCUCACAAAAUUAGAUUUUAAAAGAGCACCCAAUAAACUGAAAGUUCUUUUAUCCCAUCAGAACAAGACACACAGUAAAAUAAAAAGAGUGAAUUCCGAGAGCAAUGGAUUAUCUAAUUUGGAAGUUUUAGAUAUUUCUUACUCUUUUUCGAAAUAUGAUUCUGAAGACAUGUUAGAGGGCAUGAAAAAUCUCCGUGUACUAGGACUCUCGGGUACUAAGGGUACAGGACUAUGUGGGGGUGAUUUAGACGACAGCCUGCUGAGAACAGAUUUGGCAAAGCUCGAAGAACUAUGGUUAAGAGAUUGUCAAAUAACUUUUAUACCACGCACAUUUUAUUUUCCGAAAAAUCUUACAUUAUUAUUUUUAGGUAGAAAUAGAUUGACAUAUUUCGAGGCAUCCCUGCUGAGACAUUUGAACAUGAAAUAUUUAGAUUUGUCGUUCAACCGUUUACCUGGCUUCUCGGUUGAAAUGUGGAAGGAGCUGAAGAGAUUUAAAUUUGAUAAUCCAGAGUUUCUUGUAGAUUUAUCUCACAACGACUUACAAUUUAUCUGCACGUAUGUUCAAAGUCUACAUUUUAUGGUUACCAACACACAACUGUAUACCUCCGCAAACGAAAUUAUGUUCAGAAAGGAAGACAAUACGUAUUUAAACUACACGGAGAUGGUCGCACAACUUCCAAGACUGACGCAAAACUGUCUGAUCAAAGAAAACUUCAGCUUUGUGUUGACGAUAUUUUUCACCCAUCUCCUGUGUUUGCUUGUUCUGACCGUGUUUUUCCAUUACCGCUGGAAGCUGAGGUAUCUCUACUUUAUUGGUCAACGGCGGCUGCACAUUGGUGGACGUUUGGUCAACUACAACCCACGGGCUGAUGUCUUCAUCACAUAUGACGAAGGUGAACCAAGAAUCCGACAGAUUGUAAGAAAUAUUAUCCUGCCAUUCUUGAAAGAGAAGAACAUCUCUUACAUUUUAGGAGAAGUAGACUUUCCAGGUGGGGACAUGGUGUCACACAUCAGUGGAGCCAUAACUGGCACAAGAAAAACGCUCGUCUUGUUGUCUGAAGAUCUUUUCUUGGAUCACUACCGAGAGUAUGAGAUGAACCUGGCCAUCAUGCGAGAGUUCAAUGUACGAGGUCAGGUUAUCGUUCCUGUCUUUGUUGAGAGGGUCGACAUGAAUACAUACCCACCUGAAGUAGAAACUUAUUUAAGGAAUCAGCUGUACAGGUGUCUGGUCUACAGAAAUAACCAAAUUUUCUGGAAACUUCUGUUACAUGCUAUUAGAAAUGACAAGUAG